AAAUGCGCUCUAGCGGGAGCCCUGGCGCUUCUGCCCGGGAGCGCUGGCCCGGCUGGAACCGCCGAGAUAGAGGGGAGCGAGCUUGCCGCAUCCCCAGCCCAGCGCUGCCCCGCGGCCCAUGACUCCGGGGCUCGCGAGCCGCCUUCGCCGCUGCAGCAUCCUUGGGCUUCGCCAAAACAGCGUUGAUGAGAAACCACUCAGCUGCCUCCGCGGCGGGGAGCCAUGAGCUGUCUGGAUGUUAUGUACCAGGUCUACGGUCCCCCGCAGCCUUAUUUCGCAGCCGCCUACACUCCCUACCACCAGAAAGUAGCCUACUACUCAAAAAUGCAGGAAGCCCAAGAGUGCAACGCCAGCCCCAGCAGCAGUGCCAGUGGGAGCUCCUCAUUUUCCAACCAAACCCCAGCCAGUGUCAAAGAAGAGGAGGGCAGCCCAGAGAAAGAGCGCCCGCCCGAAGCUGAGUACAUCAACUCCAGAUGUGUCCUCUUCACCUACUUCCAGGGGGACAUCAGCUCUGUGGUGGACGAACAUUUCAGUAGGGCCCUUAGCCAACCUAGCAGCUACACCCCAAGCUGUACCAGCAGCAAGGCACACAGAAGCUCUGGACCCUGGAGAGCAGAAGGAGCCUUCCCGAUGAGCCAGCGCAGCUUCCCCGCCUCCUUCUGGAACAGCGCGUACCAGGCUCCGGUGCCCGCGCCGCUGGGCAGUCCUCUGGCCGCCGCGCACUCGGAGCUGCCCUUUGCCACCGACCCCUACUCUCCCGCCGCGCUGCACGGCCACCUGCACCAGGGCGCGGCCGACUGGCACCACGCGCACCCGCACCACGCGCACCCGCACCAUCCCUACGCGCUGGGCGGCGCCCUGGGAGCCCAAGCCUCUGCCUACCCGCGACCAGCAGUGCACGAGGUCUACGCGCCCCACUUCGACCCGCGCUAUGGGCCGCUGCUCAUGCCCGCAGCUUCUGGCCGCCCCGGCCGUCUAGCCCCUGCCUCGGCGCCCGCUCCCGGCAGCCCUCCCUGCGAGCUCGCGGCCAAGGGCGAGCCGGCAGGCAGCCCGUGGGCUGGGCCGGGGGGACCCUUCGUGAGCCCCGCGGGGGACGUGGCCCAGAGCCUGGGUCUCAGCGUGGACUCAGGUAAGCGGAGGAGGGAGUGCAGUCUCCCCGCUGCCCCUCCGGCACUGUACCCGACUCUGGGCUAAGCUCCGAGCGCGCCCAUCCGGCCCCCGACUUUACUUGGGAGAUCCCACCCCACCCCUCCCCAGGACCAUAUGGCUGAGAGAUUGCAUGCCAUCAUUUGUUUCUACGGGUAGAUGUCUCUAGAAAGUAGCACCCUGCCCUCGGCCUGGCUCGGUGGUACGGAGGACUCUUUUUGUUCUUUGAAUAAAGUUCAGUGGAAAAAAGAAAGAUUGUAGUCUGAGCUGGUCAGGGUUGUAGCCACUAACCACACGUGACUACUGAGCCUUUGCGGUGUGUGGCUAGGAUGAAUGGUGAUGUGGGCAGACAUAAUACACACUGGAUUUCCACAAAUGAAAAAGAAAAUAAUGUAAAACCUCACCUCGUUAACAUUUUAUACUGAGUUUGCAUGUCCUAUUAUGUCCAGUGGUUGCCUGUUGGUUACAUUGGGUUAAAUAAAAUGCACUAUUAAAAU